GGAGGAGUCAACUGAUGGUGAUUCUGCUGAGCUGCAAUAAGAUAACGCACUAAGCGGAGGUAUGAAAAUGUAUUCAGAUAAGUGAGGAAGAACAAACAAGCUGUUCUGGACUGUACAUGAGAAGUGAACAAUGACAUUGAUCAAGGAGCGCAUUUGUGAACCUCUUUCCUGCGUCCACGCUAUGGUCUCUUUGCCUAUAUUCAGUUUCGCUCCUUAAAGAGACAUAACGCAGAGACAAAAGGGACUGACUCCCUGAUCAGCUCCAUAAAAUGAGGAGACCCAAGCAACAGUCGCAGGCCCUAAGUUUUCUAAACUUCUUCAGCCGCAAGCCCAAAUCUGACCCCAAGAUUGAGAAGCCUUCCGGUACUUUAAACAAGGACGAGGUGGCCAUCACUCUUACACCCAAUGAGCAUGAGCAUGUGGAAAAAGACAAGGCUCAUAGUGAAGAGGGCAUUGGUGGAGAGGUUGGUGGGGAUAGAGGACAUCUCGGGAAGGUUGAAGAAGCCGGAGUAGGAGAUGAUGGGCAAGGUGCUGAGUGUGGGAGCAGUGGUUCAAUGGGGGUACUGUCCUUAUCCUCCUCAAGUCAAGAACAGUUACUCGAGCACCUGGUCGAGUGCCCGCUCUGCCUGCUCAGUCAACCUCGCGGCCACUUCCCUCGUCUGUCCUCCUGCCAGCACCGAGCCUGCACCGACUGCUUACGACAGUACCUACGAAUCGAGAUCUCAGAGAGCCGCGUGGGCAUCGCCUGCCCGCAGUGCCCUGAAUCUCUGGCGCUGCCUGAUGUCCGUGCCAUCCUGGAUGACGGUGCUUUGCUGGAGCGUUUCGAAGAGUUCCAGCUGCGCCGCUUUCUGGCAGCUGACCCAGACACGCGCUGGUGCCCGGCACCAGACUGCAGCUAUGCUGUGAUAGCCAACGGCUGUGCCGAAUGCCCCAAGCUAAGCUGUGGUCGGGAAGGUUGUGAUACCGAGUUCUGCUACCACUGCCGGCAACUGUGGCAUCCAGACCAGACUUGUGACCAAGCCAGACGUCAGCGUGCCCGGCAUACGUUAGGGGCCAAUGAUAUUUCCUCACUUUACGUAUUCAACGAGGAACCUGGAGAUGCAGAGGAGAUCAAGCCCUGUCCCCGCUGUGGUGCCUAUAUCAUGAAGACUAAUGAUGGCAGCUGCAAUAGGAUGAAUUGUACAGUGUGUGCCUGUCAGUUCUGUUGGCUAUGUAUGCAGGAGAUCACGGACGUGCACUACCUCAGUCCUUCAGGCUGCACUUUCUGGGGAAAGAAGCCAUGGUCGCAGACCCGAAAGGUUUUGUGGCAGGUCGGCAUGCUGCUUGGGGCUCCGGUGGUGAUCUCACUAAUAGCAGGCAUUGCAAUACCGGUCAUCAUUGUGGGCAUCCCAAUAUAUAUGGGUCGCAAGGUCCACGGUCGCUGUAAGAAAAACAAUAUCUCAGGAAGUAAGCAUUACUUGACAGUGGCCAGUGGGGUCAUGAUGUCCGUGUUCGUGUCUCCAGUCAUAGCAGCCAUUACUGUAGGGGUGGGAGUGCCUCUUAUGUUGACGUAUGUCUACGGGGUAGUGCCCAUGUCUUUGUGUCGAAAUGGCUGGUGCAGACCACAAAAUGAACCUCCAGAAGUUCGGAAUAUACAGCUGGAAGAUCUUGCCAAUUAUCUUCUAUUUUCUCAUGUAGUCAGUGACCAUUGGACCGGCCUGCCCAAUCCAGCUCUAACCGAAGGAAGGAUACAGGAAGUGAAUGUUAACAUUGAGGAAGUGCUGCCGCUUCCCAGCACCAGUAUGAUCCAGUCAGGAGAAAAGGACUUUGUUGAACCACCCAAUGACAGACAGCUUGACAACACAGAGCAGGACGUCCAGUCAGAUGAAGUGGAUGUUGUAGACGAAUGUGCUUACAUGAGCACACAGACGUUUUCUCUGAGGGAGGGGACCAAUAUCGAGGUCCGUGUGGAGAUCGAGGCUCAGCCACGAGGAGGGCGGAAGCCAAGUCUCAGCAGUAUUCUGUCUAGCAAGAGCCUGUCUUCAGAAUCACUAGGCCAGCCCUGUGAACCUCUAUGUGCCCCUCAACAGACAGGGAGCGCAGACCCCCUGCCAGUUCCUGAGACGGACAGUGUCUGAGAGGCUCCUGGGAACCAACUACUUUCACCGCUCACCUCUACUCCCAUCAGGUGCUUCCAGCCUCUGCCUGCUAAACGCGGAGCGUCAGCCAUGUGGAAACCAACGCAGAAAAGAGAGAGAGAGCAUGGAGAUGAAAGUCAAGGGCAGCUGCCAAAACGCCACGGAGCAUUAAAGAUGAUAAUUGAACAUGAAAUGACCAAGCGCAUGUUUGUCAACAACUUUGAGGAGUGCUAACCAGUUUUUUACCAUAGAAAACAUUGGCUAUUGGAAUGCUGGUCUAUUUCAUUUCUUUGAUUAGCUUUUCUUUCAGCUACACUUCUAAAGCGAAAGGCCGUAUGGUUUAGGUCCCCUGACCUACUAAAAACCCUGAAUAAUGGAUUAAUAGCAUGGUUUCUAUUGCAAGGGUGGUAGCCUGAUGUGACAUGACUACCAACAUGGAAAAAUGCAGAUACUAUUUGGCUGAAGAUGAUUAUGCUUCAAGCUAAUACUAACUUGGAAACAAACAUUUUUUCCCAAUGGUGUUCAUUCAUUUGAAUGAUACGUUUUCGGUUGCAUUUUCAUGAAGAAGAAGCAAAAUCUGUGGGAUUUGGGUUUAAAUUGAGACCCCACGGUCAUGCUGUUAGUAGCCUAUUGUGUCUUGAAUUUGAUCAAUUUAAGUCAAAUUUUGUGAUCUUUGGGAAGGUAAACAUUAUAAGGACUGUUUUUAAAUGCUGCGUUGAAAGCGAAUAAGGCAAUGUUGAUUUGUUCUUAUUGGUCUUGUUUCUAAAUCCACAAGUGUUUACUUUUGGUCUUUAUUUCUACAGUAAAGGCAUUUGUUUUUCCUUCAGAGUUUUUUGUGAACCAGGAGUUUAAAAAGCCCAGUAACUAAAGAGAUUACUUGAUCUCAUUCACUGUAGAGACUAGCCAAUACCUAAACUGUUUAAGCUCCUGGUGUUAGAUAGCCUACUGACCAGAGCCAACAGUUGAGUAAUCUAACCUAAAAUUUAUUUUCUGGUGUUUUUCGACACUUAGAAUUGAAUGACCAGAAAAUAGCCCAAAUUUCAAAAUGUAGCUAAAUGAUUUUAGGGAGGUUUUUUUAUGAACCAGAUGAACUGCAGAUUGGAAACAAUGAAUGACACAGUGCGCCAAUAAAAAUACAUUUAUAUUGAA